AUGGCUUAUGGAGAACGGCGUAAUGGAAGGAAACGUUCUGGGUCCGUUAAAAAAUCAAAUGUAGAAAAGGUCAGACAUCACGGACCAUCUGUAAUAAAUCAAGUAUUUGUUGGAAGCCAUAACAUUGGAAAUAUCAAAACCCCUGAUAACAUCAAUAGCCCGAUGAACAGUCAGGAUGAAUCAGUUCUUGUCCUGAUGGAUGAGAAAGUUUACGAGAACAAUGCUGCUAUUACCGCCAAGGAUCGUCAACCAAUUCCCAUAGCAAUGUUCGAGAGACACGUGAGGAAACUGAAGCAUAACAACAUGAAGGAACUAAAGUUAGAGUUCGAGGAUUUACCAAAUGGUCAAAUGUCCAAUUGGGAUGUCGCGAAGAAACCUCACAAUACUUCAUAAAACCGAUAUGGAAACGCUGUCACAAACAACCAUUCUCGUGUGAUACUCUCCGGAGAUGAAAAAACUGACUA